AUGGUGGGUGGUACCGAAUGUGGAGCAACCGGUACCGCUAGUGCAGGUGUUGCUGGGUACACUAUAGGCACUGGGGGCACUGGCGCUGCUGGUGCCGGGUAUACGAUAGGUCCAGGUGGUGGUGGUGCCGGGUACACCGCAGACUCUGCUGGAGCAGGCGUCGGGUAUGUCAGUGGUACCCCUGGUGGUACCGCAAAUACGGUAGGGGUGGGUACAACCAGUGCAGCUAAGAUAGCGAAUAUUGUCAUGGAGUCAGUGAUGGCUGGUAUUCUGAAGAGGAAGGCGGUGGCACUUGAAGUCGCGGCGGCCAAAGAGAUAGAAGCGCUCGGCAUCCAGCCGGUCGGAUCUAAUGAGGGGGAGAGCGGGACCCAUGCUGGGGAGUCGGCCGCUCAGGCUUCCCUUCCAGAGCAAGCGGCUGGCGCAACUGCUAGUCGGGAGCCUUCCACUCAGGAGGAGGGCUCGGCGCAAGAGGAAGAGCGCGCCCUUCGACAAAAAAGACGCCGGGCGGAAACGCCACUCCGCUCGGCUACUUCUGCGAUCCAUCCAUCCGAACGGGUCGCCGCCGCUUCUCGAGGCAAAGCUCCAGAGAUCGAGGCGAUUUCGUCCGAUUGGACUCCCUCCCAACUUGACGUGCCGGCGGACCCUCUUGAGGCCGUUCCAGUCAACAUCCUUCCGCCCGCUCCUCGCCAAAGAUGGGUGGAGGAGAUUACGGUCUCCAAUCGGCUUGUCAUGGUGGAUGAGGAGCUCAAACGACUACGGAGUUCGGGUGGCGCUCCUUCCCAAGGCCCUUCAUAUGCCGAUCUUCAGAAGGAGCUUAAAAAGGCCCAAGAUUUGUUGGAGGCCGAGCGGAAGAAGACAGCCGAUUAG